AUGCAGAUAUUCGUCAAGACACUAACUGGUAAGACAAUUACCCUUGAGGUAGAACAAUCAGAUACAAUAGAGAAUGUUAAGGCAAAAAUUCAAGAUAAGG